AUGAUAUUACUAACGAGUUUCAAAAUUAAUAGUAAUAAUAAAGAGAGGAGGAUGCUCGUUGGAGGUUCUGAGAUAGGUCAAAUCUCAAUUCCUCUUGGAAAGAUCGACUUAGCCGCUACAAUCGAAAAGACAGUAAACAUUGAAAGCCCACCGGAGAAUCGGCUGGGUGAGGUUUGCUUGGCUCUGCGUUACGUGCCAAAUAAGAAUAAACUCUCUGUUGUUGUGAUGGAAUGUAAAAAUCUGAAGAAAAUGGAUGUAUUAGGUCUAUCAGAUCCAUACGUCAAAAUAUACCUUAUGUUGCAAAACAAACGACUCGAGAAGAAGAAGACGACAAUAAAAAUGAAGACGUUGAACCCUUACUACAACGAGUCUUUCAGUUUCGAUGUGACACCGGAAAAGAUGCAGAGGGUUCACCUUCAUGUUACGGUAUCUGAUUACGACAGAGUCGGUUCAAACGAAAGAAUAGGGCAGGUUGGUGAUUUCUGUUUGUAA